UUCUCUGUUUCUCCAACUAGAGUACUUACUGUGGACUGGAGACGACGGAGGAGGCGGUGCUGUGGAGAAUCCUUGAUUUGAGCUUCUUCUCCCCUUUUGGUUAGGUCUAAGGAAUGUAAGAGAGAAUAUUCUGCUGUUCUGUGAUUGUUAGAGGAUGGAUGGCUGUGACUGCAUUGAGCCACAAUGGCCUGCUGAUGAGCUUCUUAUAAAAUAUCAGUACAUAUCGGACUUUUUCAUCGCCCUUGCUUAUUUCUCCAUUCCUCUUGAGCUCAUUUAUUUUGUAAAGAAGUCUUCCUUCUUUCCUUAUAGAUGGGUUUUGAUACAAUUUGGUGCAUUUAUUGUUCUUUGUGGAGCAACUCAUUUGAUCAACUUGUGGACCUUUGCCCUGCAUUCAAGAACUCUUGCCAUUGUUAUGACUGUUGCUAAAGUUUCAACUGCUGUAGUAUCCUGUGCAACAGCUUUAAUGCUCGUUCAUAUCAUUCCUGAUUUAUUAAGUGUGAAAACGAGGGAGCUAUUUCUGAAGAAUAAAGCUGAAGAGCUUGACAGGGAGAUGGGCCUGAUACGGACACAGGAAGAAACUGGAAGGCAUGUUCGAAUGCUUACUCAUGAAAUAAGAAGCACACUUGAUAGAGAUACAGUACUAAAGACUACUCUUGUUGAGCUUGGGAGAACCUUGGAUUUGAAGGACUGUAUGUUAUGGAUGCCAUCACAUAGUGGUACAUCACUUCAGCUUUCCCAUACCCUGCACCACCAAAUUCCUACUGGUUCCGCUGUGCCAAUUAAUCUUCCUGUGGUCAACCAAAUUUUCAGUAGUAAUCACGCAAUGAUAAUUCCACAUACUUGUCGAUUAGCAAGGAUAUGGCCUUUAUCAGUAAGACAUGUGCCACCAGAAGUUGCUGCAGUGAGAGUUCCCCUAUUACAUCUUUCAAAUUUUCAAAUAAGUGAUUGGUCAGAACUUUCCACAAAAAGCUAUGCGGUAAUGGUUUUAAUUCUCCCAUCAGAUAGUGGGAGAAAGUGGCAUGUUCAUGAAUUAGAGCUUGUUGAGGUGGUUGCUGAUCAGGUAGCAGUUGCACUUUCACACGCAGCUAUAUUAGCAGAGUCUAUGAGGGCACGUGAUCUUCUUACGGAACAAAAUGUAGCCCUAUAUUUAGCACGACAGGAGGCAGAAUUGGCAAUUCGUGCUCGCAAUGAUUUUCUAGCUGUCAUGAACCAUGAAAUGCGAACUCCAUUGCAUGCAACUAUUACUCUUUCUUCCCUGCUUCUGGAGACUGAACUAAGCCCUGAACAGCGAUCGAUGGUUGAGACUGUCUUGAAAAGUAGCAGCCUUCUGGCAACUCUAAUCAAUGAUAUUUUAGAUCUUUCCAGGUUGGAGGAUGGAAGCCUUGAGCUAGAAAUUGGAGAUUUUAAUCUUCAUUCUGUCUUCAGAGAAGUUAUGAACUUUAUAAAGCCAAUUGCAGCUGUCAAGAAACUACAGGUGUCAUUGAUGUUGUCACCUGACCUGCCAUUGUAUGCCAUUGGAGAUGAAAAACGGCUUAUGCAAAUUAUGUUGAAUGUUGCUGCUAAUGCCGUUAGGUUUACAAAGGAAGGGGACAUUUCACUUACUGCUUCUGUUGCCAGGACAGAUUAUUUAAGGGAUUUUAGAGCUCUUGACUUUUAUCCAGUUGCUAGUGAUGGACACUUCUACUUGAGAGUUCAGAUCAAAGAUACUGGUUGUGGAAUUAGCUAUCAAGAUUUACCAAAUCUCUUCACCAAAUUUUCACAGAGCCAAAAUGUAUCAAGUCAAGGAUACAGUGGCAAUGGCCUUGGGCUGGCCAUUUGUGAGAGGUAUGUCAGUCUCAUGCAAGGUCACAUAUGGGUCGAAAGUGAUGGCAUUGGAAAAGGUUGUACAGCCACAUUUGUAGUGAGACUUAGAUUGUGCGAAAAUCCAGAUGGAUCUCAGCAGAAAAUUUUGCCUCUGCCUUGGAAGAAGCAGACACAAAAGUUUUCUAGCUCAAGAGGAAUGCCAACAGAUCCCGGAGGGCUUAUUCGAUUGAAGACUCGGUAUCAGAAGAGUGUAUAGAUGCUAUGGGUUACCUUAGCAGCAUGUAACUAUUCCCAUAUCUGUACCAGAAAUUUUAUUGUGAUCAAGGAGAAAGAGCUCUCAGUCAGCAUGUAUUGUUGGAGAGAUUAUGUACAUCGACAUUGUAUUCCUAAAUAGCAUUCUUGCUGCGUCCAACCCGCAUGCCUUGUGAUAUCUGUAACUUAUGCGCUCAAUAUGUUAUUCA